AUGCCACAGUUUUUGUUUUCUUUUCUUGAAUUUUUGGAGUGUCUUUCUUCCUCUCUGUUUAUCUGUUUCUUUGUCUGUCGUAAAAAUUCUUUCUUUCUUUAUUGUUUUUUCAUACACUUUCUUCGUUUCAUUCUUUUUGAUUUCUUCUUUUUAAAUCACCUUUCUUACAUACAUUCAUUUUUAAUUCACUCUUCAUUCUUUCUUUCUUUCAUUCUUUUGUUUAUCCUUUCUUUCUUCUUAAUUCCCCCAUUUUACAGUUUUCCCGCUUUUCAUUCACAAUUCUUUUGUCCUUUAUUUCUUUUAAAUUCACCUUUCCUUAUUCUGGCUUUUUAUUUCACACUUUUUACAUUCUUUUUAUCAUCUGCCUUACAUUUUUUAUUUCUUUCUAAUUCUCUAAUCUUACAUUCUAUCUUUUUUUUUUUUAACACACUAUUCUUCAAUUCUUUCUUUUUAAUUCACCCUUCAUACAUUCUUUCUUUCUUUUUCAUUCACCCCUCAUACACUCUUUCUUUGCCCUCUUCAUCUCUACUUGAUUCUCUCUCUAUAUAUAUCUUCUUUCUUUCUUUCUUUUUUCUUUCUAUUGUUGUUGAUUCUCUCUCUACAUAUUUUCUUUUUUUCUUUGUUUCUAUCUUUCUUUCUUUCUUUCUUUCUUUCACUGUUACCUGUUUAAUCGUUGGUAUCAUUUUCUUAAAAAAUGAUUAA